CAACAGACAUAGUCCGUAGUUUCCCGGCGGAUCUUCUCAGUGGGUCGCGACUCUGAUCCGGUGGUAGAUUCUAUGAAAAAUUCCUCUUGCUAGGGCUAGCGUUAGCAAAUUCUCUCAGGUCGAGCCCGUGAGCUCAGUACUUAUAAUCAAACCUUAUUAUUUGUUCUAUAGCUAACUCAAAUUUUUUGGUGGUUUCUCUCACUGUGAAUCCUCGGAUCUAUCUACAGCGGGUGGCAAUUAUACUUUAGCAUUCAAUAAGUAUGUCAAAAGCACAUAUGUGGCGUGAAGGUUUUAGCUGGCAGAGUUCUUUAAUCUACCAAUCAAUAGAUAGGGGAUAAAGUGAGAAAAAAUAAUUUUAUUACUUCUCAUUUAGGUUUCUGUAGCUGUCAUAGUUUUGGACUUCUGAAGUGUGAAGAUACGCUAAGCUAUGAUUAUAGACGAUAUCAUCGAAAGAAAGUUAAUAAGAUAAACAUAAUUAAUAUUUUAAUAAUUAUUAUUAUAUUACAUUGUGUAUUUGUAUGUUUAUUUACAGAUAUAUGUAUGUAUGUUUAUGUGUAUGUAUAUGUCCGUCGUCGCCCUAGACACGUCCUUACGUAUCCAUCAGAUCCAAUAACUCUUGCAUUAGAUACCUUCAGCUCUGACACUAGGAGCAGGCUGAGGAACCCCGUACUCGUCGAACUCGACAAAGAGGUCGACGUGCAGCCUAACCCAUGCAUCAGCCCGCUGAGUUUCUCGCCGGAUCUUCUCAGUGGGUCGCGAUUCCGAUCCGGUAGUAAAUUCAUUCGCGAAGCAAUUGCUCUUGAGUUGUUAGGUCUCCUUCGGAGGCGCUCGGGCAGUUGUUAGCAAGUCCUGGUGAAGCUGGAAAGGCCUCCGGGCCACCAGUAAUCUUUCAAUCAUAAAAAAAAAAAAGCAUUUAUAUGUAUGUGUAUAUGCAUAUAUAUGUAUGUGUGUAUGUAUAUGUAUAUAUUUCACUGGAUUGCUACGCCGCGCUUAAUUCGUUUCCAAAUGAUUCUUGUCCACCGGAGAGAGGAGUGAGUGUUGAGAUGACGGCUGAUAGAAGAAAAUGGAAUAGAAACAUUCGCUGUGCCGACCCCACCUAAUGAGAUAAGGUGCAGACAAAGAAGAAGAAGUUAGACAUCAAAUUAUUUAAUUGAUUUUAUUUACAAACUUAAGUAAAUGAUACUUAAGAAUACCGCAGGGACUGAGGGCAGUUUUAAAAAGGUCGCCAUCAACAUUAACCUUUGUUGAAUAUAUUUGUAUAUAAUAAUGCCCACGGAGUUUUUCGCUGGAUCUUCUCAGUGGGUCGCGAUUCCGAUCCGGUGGUGGUUUCGGCGAAGCACUGCUCUUGCUAGGGGCUGGUGUUAGCAAAUUCAGUCAAGUUGAACCCGAGACCUCAGCUACCCGUCCGAUCGUACCUGAAUAGUCCCUUAUGCUACCAGCGAAUAGUUUCAGAAUGGACAGCGCUUUGGCUUUGGAGAUCGAGCAGGUCUCGCGCCAGAAGGCGCUGGAGGAGGAAGCGCUCCGCGGCGAGUCGGCUGUGCGGCAGUUCUACGCGGGAACCACAGCGCUGAUCACUGGAGGGACGGGCUUCAUCGGGAAACAACUCAUAGAGAAGCUUCUAAGAUCGUGCGACGUUAAGCGGAUUUACAUAUUGGCACGAUCGAAAAAGGGACUGUCUAUGGAAGAAAGGCUCCAGUUACAAUUUAAAGAUCCUGUAUACGACAAUUUACGGUCUCAACAACCAGAUUUCGCUCAGAAAGUGAUACCGGUCGAAGGUGACAUCUCAGAACUAGGCGUCGGCUUGAACGACGAAGACAGGAUGAAGCUUGAGCAAGAGGUGAAUGUGAUAUUCCACGUGGCCGCCACGACCAGGUUCGUAGAGCCACUGAAGAAGGCCACAUUCAUCAACGUCAGAGGAACCAGAGAGAUCCUUGAACUGGCCAAAUGCUGUAAAAAUCUAAGAUGCUUCGUACACGUAUCAACUGCGUUCUUCAAUGCAACAAAGAGCAAAAUAAAUCACACCAUCGAGGAGAAAUUCUAUGAAAGCCCUGUCCCUCCGGAAGUCAUGAUACAACUCGCGGAGACAGUUGAAGAAUGCAGACUCAACGCGAUCACUGCUGAUUUGAUAAGGGACUGGCCCAACACGUACUGCUUCACGAAGGCCAUAGCCGAGGAUGUCGUGCGUACAAUGGGCAAGGAUUUACCUGUGGCCAUAGUGAGGCCACCCAUAGUUAUCUGCACGCUCAAUGAACCCACACCUGGAUGGGUGGAUAUAAGCUCAGUGUUCGGUCCCAGCGGGAUUCUUUUAGGCAUAGGCCUUGGCGUGACGCAUGUGGUUUUAAUAGGUGACAUAACGAUAGCGCUAGCUCCUGUGGACUACGUCAACAACACUGUAUUGGCGACAGCGUGGGAAACCGAUAAACGUUUUAAAAAUAAUGAAAAAGACUCUAAGAUUUACAAUAUAAGCAACUCCAGAUGCACACUUGAGAAAAAUCUCGUGGGUGAUCUCCUGCAGAAUCCUAACACACAACAGUACGCUACGCCGAAAGCGGUUUGGUACUGUUAUGGUUUUGAGACCGGAAGCGAUGUUGUAUUCUGGUUGUCAACGUGGCUGCUGCAUUACAUACCUGCGUAUGUAGCCGACUUCGUGUUUAAUGUGACCUCCAUGAAGCGACCUGAGGGUAUUAAGUCAUUCGUUAAAAUGUAUGAAAAGAUAUACAAAAUGUCUUUGUUGUACGGCUAUUUCCUGAGGAACCAGUGGAAUCUUGUCGAUGACAACACCGUGGCCAUGCUGAACCAAAUGUCAAAAACUGACAGGAUAUUGUUCAAUUUUGACAUUUCGAAGAUCGAUUGGCCGCGCUAUAUGCUGAUCUGGUGCAUCGGCUUGAGAAAGUUCAUCGUGAAAGACGGACUCAAAGACAGCGAGUAUGGAAUGAAGAAACAGAGAUGGCUGAAGAUAGCUCACAUUAGUUUUUAUACGCUGUUCUUUGGAGUCGUAUUUUCUUUGUUAUAUCUCGCCUGUAGAAUUUUUAUGUACUUAUGUAAUUUGAAUACGAUCGCCGCUCAAACACUUAAAAUAUAACAAUUGCAUUUGGGUUUGUAGGUUUUAUAUGUUGCAUUAAAAUGUACUUAGUAAAUUCGAUGUGACAGGAAACUCAUAAAAGAUUGUCAAUUAAAAA